AUGAGCAUUGUGAUUGAUAUAGAGAGGAAACUCUGAAUGGGACACUACCGGAAAGCUCGUCCAGAUCCAGAAUAUGUCUCCAUAAAACCCCCUUCGUGUGCCCAUACCAUCAGCAUGGGCACAGAGUGACACGUGACUGUCACCCAGUAAAAUCUGAUAUCUGUGCCAUCCGAAAUGGCCACGCAUAGUAAACAGAUGCCAUGUGUGUGGUGAGUAUUCUGACACCAAAUCAAAAAUAGACCCUGAUGCCCAGAGACACAUAAACUGCUCCUCGUUGGUCUCUUCAAUAUAAUCAUGACAGGUGUGGGGCUUCAAACACUGAAGAUGGGAUCUGGAAGGAAACUUGCUCGUUCACAAAAUACCGCAACAGUCCUGCUGCAGACAACAGAAGGACUUGGUCCGUAAUGUUGACAGUCCUGGUUCACGUGCUCCUGAUGCUGCUUGCUCUUCAGUGUUUGCGACCUGGAGCUCCCAUUCAUACAGGCGCCCUGGAAGUCCCCUGGCAGGAUGAGGUGUGCUGUGACUCACCUUCUGCUAACGCUUAUAUAGAAGAAGGGACAAGCCAAUCUGAUUUAAACCUCCCACAGUCUCCACGCUGCAAAUUUAGGAGCUCCUCAGCUGAAUCAAAACCUCUAGUAUCUCUAGGUGGCACCUGUUUGGACAUACAGUGCAGAUUUGAUGAAUCGUGGUCAAAUUUAACUUGUGAUCUUAAGUCCGGUGGCCUGUCAUCUUACAUCAGCCUCCAGCAGAUCUCUGCGGAAAACGUCACAGAUUACCAUGCGUCUGAACAUCAGGUUGUGUGUGAUGCAGAGGAUUCACUCAUGUGCUCCAUUCAUCUCAAUUCAACAAGAAUCUUUGCCGUUCGGCUAACGGUCAAUGUCUCCAAUGUUUUGGUUCCACCGGUUUUGCUGAGGAUUUCUCCCAGAUCUGUGAAACCAAGUCCCCCAUUCAACCUGUCCCAUAUUCAGACUGUGGAGGGAGAUCUCAUUCUCAGGUGGAAAGAGCCAUUAGACGUCAGUGAUAAUUUACCUGCCUAUGAAAUCCGAUAUUCCCACGAAAAUACCAACAAGAACACCCACAAAAACUGGCAGGUGGUGUCUGCACUUGAAAAGCCCAAAGUUUCACUGGAUUUGAAACCCUUACUGAAGUACACCAUCCAGGUCCGCUGCACCACUCAAACUCAGCCUCUAUUGUGGAGCGACUGGAGCGACCCCUACCAUAUCUACCUGAACAAUGUGAGCUAUAUUCCUCAAAAGGUAGUGGCGCGAGCCGGUGAUAAUGUAACAGUUUAUUGUGUGCUAAACGGCCAGAGCGCCAACGCAAGUAUGGCCAUGUGGUCCCUCAACCGAAUGGUGCCACUUGAUCCCAGUUUGUAUCAUCCUGUCAACCAGCGGGUCAGCCAGAUCACAUUCACAGCUUCAGAAACUGGGUUGUAUGACCUACUGACCUGCACACAGGAGUGGAAUAUUCCUUAUAGCAAGAUCUAUGUGGAAGGAGGAUUCAUCAACAUCACCUGUGUAACCAAUGGUGACAUUGACACUAUGACCUGCAGAUGGGAGAAUAAAGAGUGGGAAAUAGUCAAAUUGCGGUCCAAGAGUGCUGAGAUGUCAUGUGACGAGAUGGAGGAAAGGGUGAGAAGUGGCGAGGACGUUGGUGAGAUGGGGCAUGAAUGCAUGCCAGUCAAAUCUACAGAGAAAGUCUGCACUUUCCACCCUCUGAAGAUGAAUUGCUACAAACUGUGGCUUGAAUUGCAUACCCGCCUAGGUCUCAUCAGGUGCAAACCUGUCUAUGUGUCACCCAUAAAUCACGUAAAACCUUACCCUCCCACUGAUGUGACGGCAGUGAGCCGGAGCAGUGGGAUCCUGAGGGUAACUUGGAAACCGCCUUCUCUGCCGGUCGAAGGCCUGCAGUGUCAGCUUCGGUACUACUUACUCGGUGUUUUAGAGAAAUGGAAGUUCGAGAAACCUUUGUGGGUUUCCUGGGCCGAGGUUGAGGUACCUGACAUGUGCCAGAUCUACGUAGUUCAAGUACGCUGCAUGUACUCCAGUGGGAUCGGAUACUGGAGUGAAUGGAGUGAGUCUGUCCACUCCACCGCUCAAAACAGCAGAGCUCCUGAACGUGGGCCUGAUUUCUGGAGAAUACGUCAAGAUGACCCAUACAGAAACCAGUCUAACAUCACUCUGCUGUUUGAGUCUUUCUCAGCAAAUUGGAAUACCUACUGUGUGGAUGGAUUUAUUGUCCAGCACCAGGCCUCGAAUGGAUCUGUGCUGAGGAGGCAGAUCGAUAUGGUGUCCUCCUACAGCUUUGAGUGGAAUCAGGAGCUCCACAUCGUGUCUGUGGAAGCCUACAAUAUUCUGGGGAGCUCUGUCAACAACGUCAACAUGACGCUGGAGAAACAACAUAAACGCCGCUGUGUGCAUUCAUUCCACGUUUUGGUUAUAAACAACACUUGUGUAUCUCUGUCCUGGAGCCUGUUGCAUAUCAGCUCUGUCCCUCUCUUCAUGGUGGUUCAGUGGUUCCCAAGGAAGCAGCAGGACUUUGAAGACUUUGGUUCAAGUGGAAAAACGUGGGCCAAACUGUCCUACACCGAACCUCCUACCCAGUUACGAGGAGAUUUCUUUAGCUCAGAGGAGUAUGCCUUCCAUUUAUACCCUGUGUAUGCUGAUGGAGAAGGAGAACCAGUUGUUGCAAUAGUUAAGACAGGAAAUCCUCCAGCUUACAGGAUGUUGAUGUUCAUCUCCCUCCUUUGCAUUGCUGUGUUUGUCACCCUGGUUCUCUCCCAAAACCAGAUGAAAAAAAUUGUGUGGAAAGAUGUUCCAAACCCGAACAAGUGCUCAUGGGCCAAAGGACUAGAUUUUAAAACGACGGACGGCUUUGAGUACCUGUUCCGACCUCCAGAGGGUCUUCAAGCCUCUCCGCUGACCCCUGAGAAAAUCUCUAAAGUUACUGUUGUGAAUAAAACUCUGACAAAGGCCUUUGUCCAAACCCCAACUCUCUUGUCUCCACGCUCUGUUGCUGCUUCAACUAACUCCUUUCUGCCUUGUUUGGACCCAAGGACUGGCCAGUUGCUGCAGUGUGAAACAGCCCUUGGUGGUGACUCUAGUCCAGAUCCCUUAACUACUUCACACCUAAAUAAGCUACAGGCAGCCAAUGCCUUGGUGGAGCAGAGUUCAGGAACCACGAACAGCUCAGCCCAGUCUUUGGUCACAUACUCCAAGGUCCUGCACACUGAUACAAAUCCAGAUCAUCCACCUCUUCAUCUCCACUACAAGGAGGGAAGUAGGAGCAGCUACAGUGAUGAGGGAAACUUCUCAGCCAACAACUCAGAUAUCUCUGAAACGUUUCCUGGUGGACUGUGGGAAGUUGACAGCUAUCGUGGUACAGAAUCAGAUGAUCCAAGGAGAUCCUACUCCUACAACUCUGAAAAAGAGCUUUCUGAAGCAUCAGAGCAAGAAGACGACAUAGAUGUGGGUCAAAAGAAGGCCUUGCACUAUCUCGACCUCGGACAUCCACCGGAGGAUGAAGAAAAUGAGGAGGAGGAGAAGGAGGAGGAGGAGGAGGAGGAGGAGGAGGAGGAGGAGAAGGAGGAGGAGGAGACACAAACUGAGCUUCUGAAAAGCACACAUUUGAUCAGAGAGGACUGUUCUGUAGAGUUGUACCCUUUGCUCAACCCAGAUGAGUCGAAGGAUUCCAAGACGCUGGUGCAAGUGUCAACUUGUACUUUUGCCUCUUUGUACAUGCCUCAGUAUAGGAAGCCUGACGUAAAUCACACCCCGCACACAUAACAGCAAACCUUAGCUCUCAUCAAAGCAUGUGCCAUUGUUGUGAAGAGAGAUGUGCUUUUCCAUUUAACACAGGGUUUCUACUCUGCAACAACCUGUGAAAAAUGAGUAGGAACCCUGUUACCAAAGCCAGUCAUUCAUCCUAUGUGCACUUUGUAAAAAGUGCACACAGCAAAAAAAAGUUGAUAUUUGUGGUGCAAUAAAAGAUUCCAUAAUGGCACACUUCUCAUGGAAAAAAGAAUUUCUUCAUCUAUUUCCUUCUGUACUGAGGUUUAAAUAGGAUUUUUCUCUGUCUGUAAAUCAAAGUUGAUCAAUAUUGGUGACUGAUACAGAAGUUUUUCUAAAAAAAAAAUCUUAAGUUUAGCAAACUGUUUGCAAAUUGAAGAAGUUUCAGACAGAAGAGGUUUACAUUUGGUUACACAAUUUACAGUGGGUGUAUUUAAUAACGUUCAGAAAUAAAGUGAUCUGCAGCUUUUUACAGUCUGUGUUGAAUUUUUUUCUUAUUCUUUUCCUUUUUGUUCAAUUUAAAGUUUGCUUCAGAGAGAGCUGGACAGAGCCAUAGAAAUCCCAUGUUGUGCCUCUUACAGCUUCCUUAAAGCACAUUUGACACCGAAAAGGAGAAAAAUAUCCAAAAUCUUGAAAAUGUGAGUUACUACAGGUCAUUUUUGUGGGCAUUUUUGUUCAGUUAUUGGCAGCUUAUGCAUUUAUUCCCCUCAUUGACUGAACCACCUGCUAAAUUUGACUAUUUGUGUAUUUUGUGUCGUAAUGUAUUUGGGGUUUGGUUUAAAUAUGUGAACAAUGUAACAUUUUUCUUGAAUGUUGAAAUGAAAUUUGUUAAAGACAAACGAAUGUUUUGAUCUAAAGAUGGAUAUGAAAAUAUUGUAAAUAUAGAAAAUUGAAUCACUGUAACUCUUUAUGGAGAUGUUCUGUCUAUUUUUCAUUGUGACAAUAAAGAAUGUAUUGUG